AUGUCUCCUAGUAAUGGGAAGUUUCUAGAUUCUACUGAGCUGAGCCAGCUAGAUGACUCUUCCAAGAAUGAAAUGGUAACUUUUCUUGAUAACGAAACAUCGAAACAAAAAGUUCAGAUGUCCAUACACCAAUUUACUAAUACUUGCUUCAGAAACUGCGUUGCAAGUGCAAAUAGUAGCAGUUUAUCUCCGCAAGAAGAGCAGUGUUUGGCUAAUUGUGUCAAUAAUUUUCUAGAUACAAAGAUUAGAGUUGUAAAAGGCCUUCAACAUGUCAAGGAAUGA